ACAGUUUAGCUUCAUAUUGUAUGAUUUUAAAGCGUGGUUCGUCGACAGGGCGGCAUGUCUUUGUUAUGCUACAACAAGGGCUGUGGACAACGGUUUGACCCCGGCAACAACCUCGACGAUGCCUGCACCUUCCAUCCUGGUGUGCCGGUGUUUCAUGAUGCCCUCAAGGGUUGGUCCUGCUGCAAGAGACGCACAACUGACUUCUCAGACUUCCUCAGUAUUACAGGCUGCAGCAAGGGUCCUCACAACAGUGAGAAGCCAGCAGAAGCGGUGCGUCCUGAGGUGAAGACCUCAGGGGAGAGGAAGGAGAUAGGGGAGGAACUGAAACCUCGAGGCGACCCUUAUAUUAUUCAAGCUCCCAAACCACUGGAGCAGAUCCACCGACCGAGUGGUGACGAGCCCCUGGUCAGAUUGCAGCAGAAGGUGUCAUCGUCAUUGAGACAAGCUCUGGAAAAAAUGAAGCUUGAUGACAAUAGACACACUGACAGUACAGAGGAAGACGGUGAUGAGGUGAAGGUUGGGACUUCCUGUAAGAAUGGAGGGUGCUCAAAGUGUUACUCUGGACCAGAGAGCAAUGGAGAAGUCUGCAAACACCACCCUGGAGUUCCCGUAUUCCAUGAGGGUAUGAAAUAUUGGAGCUGCUGCAGAAAGAAGACCUCUGACUUCAAUUCCUUCCUGUCCCAGCAAGGCUGCGCGGCAGGAAGUCACCUGUGGAGGAAACACAACCAGGGAAUGAAGGUGAUGCCAUGUAGGUUUGAUUGGCACCAGACAGGCAGCCAGGUUAUCAUCUCCAUUUAUGCCAAGAACUCUUUACCAGAACUCAGCUAUGUGGAGGCCAACAGCACCACGGUUAAUAUCCAUGUUGUGUUUGAGGGAGAUAAAGAGUUUGAACAGAAGAUCAGCUUAUGGGGGGUAAUGGACGUGAACAGCAGUGUGGUGAACCUGAUGGCUGCCAAGAUGGAGGUUGUUAUGAAGAAGGCUGAGCCUGUCACAUGGGCCCGCCUCGACCUGCCGUCCCUCCCACAAGGUCAAGAGCAAGGCGACGCCAAACAAACGUAACCAACCCUGCCACCCCUUUCUUAGCACAGAAUUGGAAUGAAUAGAGGCUUAAUUGUAUAGGGGUAGUUGCUAAUGGGUCAACUGGCAGCCAUCUUCAGGGAGCUGACUGAAUACCUUUAUUGACAGUUCCAGUGCAACAAAACAAGCAUUAUUACAAAGAUUGGCAAUGGAAGAUAUUGCCACUAAUGAUUUGAACAAAUGUGCAAACCGUUUGAUUUUCGCCAUAAAGAGUCGCUGAGGUUUAGACUGCGGAUGUUGUAAGACUGUAAUUAGCAGCACUGGUGACACACUAUUACUUAAGACAGCAGUAUUUACCAUGAUAGUUCAGGAUAACGUUAGGAGCAAAACCAGCACAUUACCUAGAGUUACCAUGUCAGAUAAUCCUCAGCUGUGGUAUUGUUUCAAAAAAAA